CACGUGACGGAACUGUCGCGACAGAGCGGGGGUUUUCGUACGACAAGCAGCGACUGGACGAGCACAGCGUAAACGAAUAGGACUUGCGAAGUCAUGAAAAGGAAAAGAGAAUAACUGGGCGUUGCGACGUAUGAAAGAAGAUAUCAAGCACUGACAUACGCGCGAUUCUGUUCGGCUGACUCGGUCGAGACGGUUCCGUCUCGGUGAAGAGUGUGGUGUAUCUUUUUCUUUUAUCUGGUAACACGUGCGUGGUAGCCGCCGGUGGAAUCUGAGACUACGGGUCAUUGCCGACCGUCGGGUUGUCAUCGGAGGCCGUCGUCUAGUGCCCUAUAUUUUUUUUCGCUGUCCAUCGCCUCAGUCUUCGUGGGAAAUUAGUGUCGUAGCAUCGACUGAAGGAGGCUGAGAGCAAAUCAACUAUGACGACGCCAUACGCCCUUCACGGCGUGCUGUUGCUGCUGGCGUUAGGAAGUGGAAGCGCCCAGCAGCUCGGUAUCCUAAGCAACCCGCUGGGUUCGUUGACCAACACGGGCUCCAGUCUGAACCCGGUGAACUUGGGCACGCGAGCCUGGGACCAAACGUUCGGAAAGAUUACCAACACUUCGGCUUCGGAUAUCAGCAGGCAGCUGACUGAGAACGCCAUCCCGGGAGUUCGUCAUCGAGUGAUCACCGAUGUGCCUCUGGGGGGACACGUACUUGCUGAAAUCUUCCAGAAUUCUUCCGGUCAUGUUAUCGACUGCAACCUGCUCGGUGACAAGGCUCUUAUUGAAGGCGUCCUCGUAGUCCUGCCCGAAAGCCUGGUAACAAAGGUGACACCCGAAGAAAUGAAUCAGUUUCUGGACCUAUGCGGCACGCGGGAGAACUUCGCCAGCAAGCAGAAAUCUGCAUUUGACUACAUCGGCGACGUAUUCAAGAGCCUGUUCAUAUUCCCAGGCACAAAAUGGUGCGGCGCUGGUAACGUGGCCAAGAACUACGACGACCUGGGACCUUCCAGGGCCACCGAUGCUUGCUGCAGGGAACACGACCACUCCGACGACAACAUCCCGGCUUUUCAGGCUAAAUACGGCAUCAGAAAUACGAACCUUUACACUAUGACUCACUGCAAGGGUGACCGUAAGUUCUACGGCUGCCUUCUGAAUGACAGCAGUAUCCCAUCUGUCACCGUGGGAAAGAUAUUCUUCAACAUUCUGCGGACCAACUGCUUUGACUACACAUUUCCCAAGAAGUGUGUCCAGAACAAUGCAUUCUACAUUCCUCUAAUAACUGAAAAGUGCAGCGAGUACAGGCUGGAUCCUGCCGAACCAAAGGAAUGGCAGACCUUCUCGCCCCCGAACUUCUGGAAAGACUACUUGGCCCGCAAAAAAGAACAAGCCAACCAACCGAAACAACCAGUCAGUCCCCCGAGCCCUGGACAGGACGGCGGCACUGUGUCGGUCACCACGGAGGAGCCCGAGGAAGAACCGGAAGAGGAACCCAUCGUGGACGCCGAACCCGACAACUGGAAGAAGUUGGACCCUGCCGACUACAGCCUCGACGCUACCGAAGAACCCGUGUUCGAAGAGACGACGCCGAGGCCGGCAGCUUCGCGUUCGUCCGGAUCGAGGCCUACAGGAUUGAACCUCGGAGGCCUUAACGUUGGGUGAAAGUACGGACACACACCGCAGGGUACAACUGUGCCACUCUAAGAAAAGUUUGCACUCUUUGCGGCCUGUAUUCUCUCGAGCGAAUGAUCAUCUAUCUAUAUUGCCUGUCUUUCCUUUGAUUAACAUAUUUAGGUGCACGUUAAAGAAACUCAGGUGGUCGAAAUUUUGCGGAGCCCUCCACUAUGGCGUCUCUCAUAAUCAUAUCGUGGUUUUGGGUCGUUAAACCCCAGAUAUUUAAUUAUUAUCCUUUGAUUAACUCUACGCGUCCGGUACGUCUUUGCCCCGAAUGACAUAUGCGUUAUUACCGCUUCGUAACAUUUUUGACGGAAAAGUACCGAGCGCGUAGUUUUCAAGAAGCGAAAGGCAAGCAAGCCGGGUGGUGAUUACUGUUCGGGGACGAGAUACUCCGCAAGUGGUGCAAACUUUCACUAGAGUGUGGCGUUUUGUUAUCGGUCACUUAGCUGCUUACUACGCAACUCAGCAACCGCAUAAUGGUCCGGCUGCUAUAGGCUACGAAGCUGCCACGUGUCAUCGCUACGAGAGUCGCCUGUAACAUACAAAUAUUUUAGGAUGCGCGUUUUCGCUUGAUAGCGGCUGUCAGUAUAUGAGAGGGACAUGCAAUGAAUGGGUGUUAGAUGAUGAAGAAAUUAGAAGUGUCUAAGAAAUAAACUCU